AUGGUGCUCGAGAAGAUCUACGUCGGCGUGACGAUGGCGAACAAGUGGACGGACCCCACGUCCUUGCUAAUCAUCGGCCUCGCCGGCGGCGUCCCUGCGCUGCUCAUCGCCGAGGCGCGCAGCAGCCUCGCCACCGUGGCGAUCGCGCUCAAGGUGGGGCUGGUGUACACGGCGGUGCUGCCUGGCCUGAUCUGGCUCUGGUACCAGUUCCACCUCCGGACGCCGCCCGCCGACACUGAGGCCUUCCUCACCUUCAAGGACGCAUCGCUCCGCCGCAGCUGGGCAAAGAACAAGAUCCCGAUGCACAUCCUUGUCGAGGCCUUCCUGGACGACAAGGUCGCCUUCAAGAAGGACGUCUUCAAGACGCUCGACGAGCACCGCGAGGACUUCAUCGACUGGCGCCCCACCUGGAACCUCGCCCUCUUCCUUAUCCGGCAGGUGACCCUGACCCUGACCCUGACCCUGACCCUGACCCCACCUGGAACCUCGCCCUCUUCCUCAUCCGGCAGACUCGCCAACUUCACGCAGCCCUUCCUGAGCUCGAUCUUCAAGAUGCUCAAGGACGACGGGCUCUUCUUCAUGCAGGCGCGAGGCGCGAAGUGCCUCCUCCCACCAAGCCAUGAAGUGGCUGGGCUGCGCAAGGGGUCCAACUGGCAGGACGUGCAGUGGGGGCUCUUCAUGUCAAAGUACAUCUUCCCCGGCGCGGACGCGUCCACGCCGCUCUACUGGUACACGCAGCAGCUGGAGAAGGCGGGCUUCGAGGUGCACUCGGUCGAGAACAUCGGCCGCCACUACUCGCACACGCUCAAGGCGUGGUACGACAACUUUCAAAAGAACAAGUCCAAGCCCGAGAUCCAGCAGUACCCCGCGCGGCUGCACCGGCUGUGGGACAUCUUCCUCGCCUGGUCGGUGGUCGCCGCCGGCCAGGGCUCCGCCACCUGCUACCAGAUCGUCUCGCACAAGAACCUCUACUCCUUCCCGCGCGACAACUUUUGCUCCGACCAGAUUGCGCGCCCGACUGGGCCGCGCGCCUGAGCCGCGCCCGCCGCCGCCGCCGCCGCCGCGCUCGGGUGUCUGCGCCCGCGGGCCUUCUCGAGAGGAGGAGAGGGCGAGGGGGGUGGGGGUGGGUCGGGGCGACGCUGGGGGAGGGGCCAGGGGGGGAUCUCGCCUCUGGACUAAGCGGGCUGCAUGGAGAACUCUUGCGGCCGGUGGCCUGCCGCGAGCUGAGACACGCCCCCGCGAUGCCGGAGGGUUUCGCGCGCCCGCGUACCGCCCCGCAGCGCGCGUGCGCAGUGUCCGCCAGGAAUUGGGAGCAUGCUCACACCAACACAUUCACAUACACACCGCGGCCGUGUUUGUCCAUAAUGUAUUUAUCACUGAUCGAGCCAC